UCCGAUCCCAGGCAGCAUGGCAGGCAUAGGCAUGGGCGGCAGCGACGGCGACGACCGGAAGAAGGCCAAUAAGGUGAUCGCCGACAUCGACGAGGACGAGCUGUUCGAGCUCGACAUCACCCUCCUCGACGGCCGCCACCGCGGCCAUUCCGCCGCCGUCGCCGACGAAGACGAUGAUGCUGCCGGGCAGCAUGCCCUGCUGGCCAACUGCCUGCUGCCGGCGCGCUCGGUGAGCAACGCGGUGCCGGUGGACGCGAGCAGCAGCGCGCUGUCGUCGUCGUACCCCUACUCCGGCUACUACAGCUCGAGGAGGCUCAUCGUCUUCGCUGGGGGCGGCGGCAUCGGCAGGAGGUUAUUUCUUGGGCGGCCGGGGAACUCGGCGAGGUUUUGCUUCUCGAGCAGGGGAUUCGAGACCUACUUCCAGAGAUCGCAGAUCACUGAUGCAGCAGAGUGCAAAUAAUUAAGAGCACAAUUCAGCAGCACAUUCAACUCAAGUAA